AAUUUAUGUCCGAUAACUGUGGUAUAUUCAUUUGCAUGUCUGGACUAUUUUCAACAGCUUACUGCAGCUUAUACAUUUUCACUUAUGUAUUUCCUUUUUAAAAUACAGCAUAAAUGUGGAUAUUGUGGGUGGCUCUUUAGCUUCACCACAAAUUUUAUUGAUCAUAAGUGCUUCAAGCAGUACGUUGAAGGAGAAGACCACAUCAGCAUCGAUGAAAACCAUAUCGUAACAAUAAGUAUAAUUUGUUGGCAAGAGCCGCUAAUACAAGAUUAGAAUCCAUGUUUAAGAGAUUCCAGGUUUUUUGUGCUAGACACGCGUCGUCAACCAGUCAACCACUCCGUAUACUUUAUUUAGGUUAUUUCACGCAUACUCGUACAUACAUUACACACAUAUAUUACGCUUCAACACAUUCUUACAUCAAAGUAUUUAUUUCACAUGACGCGUAUUUAGCAACACGCUUAAAUAAUAACAACCAAUCGAUUUAUUUCUGUUGUAUUGUACAACAGAAGUCCUAAUCUGUUAUUGGUCAGGCUUGUUACGCUUUAUACGCAUUUAACGCAAAGUACGCGCCAUGUAAAAUGGAAUUUUCAGAAUAGCGUACAUUCUAGUAAUUUACUAGAAUACGCAGUGUGCCUAUUCUAGCUACUCACUAGGUUACGCAGGUUACGCUUACGCAAGUUACGCUCCAUGUAACGGCACCCUGAGCGUCACAUCUGUAUGGUUGCAUGUCAACAAUAGAAAAUCUUGAAAUCUUUGUAAUGGACGACGAGUCGGUUAUAAACUGGACUUGGUAUAAAUAACCACUAACUGCAGUGGUUAUUGCAUAUGUACAAUAUGUACAAUAAGCAAAUUAUUAUUAUAUUGUACAGAAAAGAAAAGCUGCUGCAGUUGCAGCUACACUUUUACAUUUGAGAAAAAGUGGAAAAAAAAGAUAUUGUAAAAAGAAAUAUUGGAUAGCACCCAUUUUUCAAGAAAGGAAAGUGCACGGAUUCUUUCAUGCUGUGCUACCUAAACUCGUUUUAGAAGAUUUGAGAUUUAAUAAUUACAUACGCAUGUCUGCAACUCAAUUUGAAAAGUUAACAUUCUUAGUUGGAGCAGACAUAUUCGCUCCUUGCGAAUAUUCGCUACAAGCUGAAACUUUUCAGCGAACAGCGAAUGAUCACGUGACCUUCAUUCGCGGCGAUUAUUUCGCUGCAUGAAACGGCACCUUAAUGAAUUUGUCGAGCUGCACUUUCUGCACUUUAGAGCUCAGUGACUUGCUAGAUACUUGAGCAUAGUGAUAUAUUUAAUUGGUUGUACUGUAGGUUAAUUACUAAAUACAAGUAGCGCAUCAAUUGCCGUAUUUUACGAAGCACGCACGCACAUGGCAGCAUGGCAGAAAUAAAAUUGGAUAACCUUAAACGGCAGGGUACCGAUAAUAAAAUGAAUUCUCCUUCCGUAUUGGAUCAUUUUAACAAACUCAAGGAUAGCAACAAUUCUGUAAGAUUAAAUGCUGGAGUUGAGUUGCUACGCCAUUUGUCUCAAUAUAACGCGGCCAAGGAGGAUAAUAAGGAGUUAAACUAUGCGUUAAUCAGAUUGAUACGCAGUUUAGGAUCUACAACAGUACAUGCAAGGAGAGGAUUUUACAGCACCCUGACUACUUUUUUAACGAUGCAUCCUGAAAUAUCGGUAGAAAAGCUAUUGUCUACAAUGAAUACUCAAUUGUCCACAGCUGGUAGUAAUGCUAAAAGUGAGAAUGCUGAUAUAUGCAUGGGACGUAUAUUGCUAUGUGGUGCACUGAUAAGAUCUAAAUUAUAUGCACAAGAAACUGUUGAAAUGCAACAACAGAUUAUACAAAUUCUUUUCGAAACUGGCAUGAAACGCAGUUAUUUAUCAUUUCUUUCUAGUAUGUUUCUCAGUGAGUUUGUUACCCAGCUUCAUACAGAAUCUAUGAAAGAAAUUAUGUGGCCAAUCAUUGAGGACAAACUUGGUAUACCAUGGUCAGAGCAUACUCUGGAUACAUUUUAUUUAUUGCUCGUUGUCGAAAACAAACAUCCAUCAUUAAUUAAUCACAAAUUUUUGAAGGAGCACUUGGGUGUAAAAGAAAUUAUUGCUAAAGAAUCUGUGGAAAAAAUUAUUACAUUACUAACGGCUAUACCUAGAAUUGUUUCUCACCGUCAUCCAGUGUUCAAGCUAUUUUGUGAAAAGUUAAAAUCGACUGAACUUGUGCCAGAGUUUUGGAAAGGCAUUGAUCAGAGAUUUAUGAAACCGUCAAAGAGUGAUGAAUAUAUCGCCACUGAAAUGUUGAAGCUAAUACUUUCCAAUAUUACGGACAAAACUGUAAUUCCAUCGUUGUUGUCGCCGAAUCUUUUGCAACAUAUGUUGAAAAGAUUUUCUAAUUGUAAGAAAAAUAAUAACGAUGAAGUUUUAACAGCGUUCAGAGAGGUUUUGCAUUCAGCGGUAUCCGCUACAAACGACAAAGAUAUGAAGACAAAGACGCAGCUGAGUAUAUUGAAGAAACUUAUAUUACACUCUGGUGAUUUGAUGAUAGAAAAGAAGACGGGUGUCAAAGUUAUUCAAAUAAUCACGGGAAAUCUAAAGGUGGAUGGUGUCAAGAAAUUGUGCGAAUUGUACCGAGAUAUUAUAGAAAAUAAAAUAGCUAAAGAGCAAAAAGGCGAGAAAACAGAACUGUGGACAAAUGCUGAGCGUAGUUACAUAAUGCAUCUAUUAACAAGAUUAAUAGGCCAUCCAGAAAUACUUUCGGACGUAGAUUGGAGGCUCGCACAACUGACAUUUUUGUUCAAAUAUGGAUUGUGUGAAGUAUCACACAUCGGAGUGGAACUAGCGCCGCAAUUUAAGGAUGCCUUUUAUCGCGCUCUGGAUUAUAAGUUACCAAAGUUGAAUGACGUUCGGAAUUUAUUAAGCGCGCUCGUUCACGAUUUGAACUCGAAGCUGCUAUCGAACACCAUGCAAUUAAGAGCGCCACUGAGCGAUGCAGCAUCUGAUGCUUGGAAACGAGUACUCGAUUUGAUCGAGAAACUAGAGAUGAAUACGAAAGACGUGGAUGUCUUACCGAUAUUUCAUACGAUGAACUUGCAUAUGGGCCUACAAUUGUUCUCGGAUCCUGAAAUGGCCAUUAUGUCGAUCAACGAACUUCAAUCCUGUUACGAGAGAUUGACUAAAAAAUCUAAGAAACACAAAAAGCUCGACGGAAGCGCUAUGGAAGAGGAACCACAGUGGGUGGAAGUAGUAGUGGAUCUGUUGUUAUCUCUUUUGUCUAGAAAUAAUCAUUUGUUGCGUUCAUUAGUUGGCUGUGUGUUUCCGCAUGUUUGCCCACAUCUGACUCCAUCUAGUGUGUAUCAGAUAUUGGCUGUACUAGAUAUAAAGAAUGAUCAGAGCACACUCAUGCAUACAAAGAAGAAUGAUGAUGAUGACUCCUCAAAUAUGGACAGCGAGUUGGAUGAUGACGACGACGACAAUGACGACAACGACGAUGAUGAUGAUGACAAUGACGAUGAUGAAGAGAAAAAAGUGAAUGGUGAAAAUUCAUCGGAAGAAAGUGAAUCUGAUCGCGAUGAGAACGCAGACGAGGACGAAACGGUAACUGACAAAUUAAGAAUGGCGAUAAGGCAGGCUUUGGGCGAUGCCGCAAUGCAAACCGACGACGACGAUAUCGACGUAGAUCAAAUAGAUGAAGAAGAAGGCAGACGGUUGGACGAGUCCUUGGCAGCGGCUUUCAAAAUUCUGCGAGAAAACCGGAAGGCUCGCUCGAAGAAGCAGGAAAAAACGAGUCAAGCAUUGACGCAUUUCAGAAUUCGCGUUAUAGAUUUGUUGAAUAUUUACUUGGAGACUUGCCCAUCCAUGGCGGUUACGCUAGACAUGCUCGUACCACUUUUCGCUCUACUGGAAUUCUGCAUAAAAGAUCCGCAUCAAAAACCGCUCGAACAUAGAGUGCGGAAUUGCCUAAAAAAGUUAUCAAAAGUAAAGAAAUUCAAGGAUACGACAAACGUUGACAAUACUUUGUUGACGACGGUAUUGAAGGCGCUGAUCGAAAAAGGAGAGCGUUCGGCUUCGAUCUGUCAAGAGAUAAAUGACAAAUUGGCAGAAUGUUGCACCUUCCUUAUAAGAUGUAUGCAACAAGUUGACUUGUCUAUCGAAGAUGUCGUAGACAUUUAUGCCGAAAAUUUAACUGCAUUCUUCAAGAAGAGGGACUGCGUACUCUCGUCUAUGUUAUUCAAGGGCGUUUUGCAGUUGUGCUGGGAAGGUAAUUGGCAGCUGGUGUCUUUAUUGGUGAACUAUGCCUUUGACAGCAGUAUACGAUACUUUCGCCGGAGUCAGGCACUUGAAUUGUUAAUAAUUUUCUACAACAAUAAUCGAUUCCUGAACAUGUAUGCGAGUUGUGACAAAAAGUACGUCGACAUGAGGAUAAAAUUAGAAACGAUACUUUGCAAAAACACCAUAGAUACGUUGCGAGAGUUAUGCGAUCAGCACGCGAGCAAGGAUGGCCAAUCCACUUCGUGCAACGGUACUGGCAUAGAGAGAAAGAUUUUGCAGAAAUUUAUCAGUCAUCUUUUCUCCUUGUUGCGUAUCGUCCACGUGCACCAUUUGCCACAAGCGUGGGAUUGGCAGGUCAUCAAAACAGUGUUGACAGCGUAUAGAAGCCAAAACAAUCUCUCCAAGGAUGCGAAAAGCGCGUAUUCCAAAUUGGUAGCACAAAUAGGAACGCUUAAUGACUCGUCGAUGGAGAAUAACAUUACAUUCAAGAAAUUAACUAACAUUUCGCAAAAUAAUGGUAGACAAAACAACGUGAAAUUCCAGAAUGGGAAAACAAGUGAAUCGGAAGAAGAAGAAGAAGAAGAAAAAGCAGACAAACAACAAGAAAAUACGCAUGAUAAUAAUAAGAAAAAGAACAAAAGUAAACAAAAGGAUAAAAAAUUAUUGAAGAAAGAAGCGCGUGAGUUACGUGCGAAAGUUAUGUCUGAAAAUCUAGAACUGUUUAAGUUCAGUAGUGUCAAUUUACCAGAGAAUGAUGUGAAUAUGGUGGAAAGUGUUCAAAACGGAAACUCACACGCUAAGUCUACAGAUUCGAAAUUGUCACACAAGAAAAGGAAUAACGAACAGACAACGGAGGAAAAUAGUAAGCUUAAAAGAAGAAAAAAGGUUAUCAAUUGCGUUUGAUAUGACUAAUGAUUUUAUGGCUUUGUAACAAUAAAACAUGAUGAUGUCACAUCUACAAAAAUUGAGGUAAAUGUUUAGAUAGAGAACGCUCGUUUAUUUCGUUUUUAAUGAAAAUUGUUUUUAUAUCUGCAUUAUGAAACGUUCAAUAUCAACGAUUAAUUAUUUUUAAAUUUUGCUCGACUUCAUUUAGAAAACGAGAACAACAGACAAUUUAUGUUACAAACAUUCGUUACGUAUUUCUUUUCUCUUAUUGUUUUAUUUGGAGAUAAUUCUCUCCGAUUAUUUUAUAAUAAAAAUUUCCAUAUCGUGCGUAUAUAACAAGCAUUACAUAACGUUUCAUAAUUACACGUACAACAUAUUUCAUUUAUCUUACAGAUUUUAUAUAAAUUUAUAUAUAUUUUUGGAUUAUAUGACAAAAUCAACGCGAUUAUUUUGCCUGUAGAACGCAAAAAUGUAAUCUAAACAUUUAUCGAAAUAUUUUUUAUAGAUUAAAAAGUUAUAUUGUUCUUAUAUAAUACACAAAUCUUUAUAUGAAGUGUAUAAAUAAAAAUAUAUAUAAAUAAAAGUUUAGCUAAAAAUCUAGCAAA